GAAAAAUCACAGUUGGAAUGAUCUCGCCAUGUCCCUUUCUCAUAUCCACAUUCGUACAUAUGAAAACACAUGUCCUUCACAAACGGACAAACAUAGUGUUAUCCAAGACGGCAAUCUAUCUGUCACUCCUGUUCUUCAAAGUGAAGACUCGGCAUUUGGUGCAGAGGUAACAGGGGUCGAUUGGAGCAGGCCAAUCCCAGAAGAAACUGUGGCGCAGUUAGUUGCAUUACAGAACAAAUAUGCCGUGUUGAUAUUUCGUAAUACUGGACUGGAUAAUUCCCGUCACAUUGCUUUCUCGCAACAGCUGGGCGAGAAGCUUGAGAUCAAUCCAUUCUUUUAUGGGCGGGAGAAUGAUCGGUUGAAAGAGGCGCUGCUAUUUGAUGUCGGAAAUAUCCAGUUGGACGGAUCAUUAGUGGAACGAGAUAGUCGGAGAUGGCAUCACAGUUUGGGAAAUGCAUUGUGGCAUACAGAUUCAUCUUACCACCAACAACGAUCCAAAUACUCCAUUCUUCUAUCUCAUGGGAACCCCGUGAAAGGGGGAUCGUGGACACAUUUCGCCGAUAUGCGACGAGCCUACGCUGAUCUACCCCAGGAAAAAAAGAGUGAACUGGAGAAUCUUAUCGUCGAGCAUGAUCUAUGGCACUCGAGAAAACUAGCCUCACCAAUUGUGUAUGGAAACCCCUUGCCACACGAAUUAGCGGCAAAGCCACCCGCAUAUCACCGCCUUGUACAGACCGCACCUGAUGGGCGUAAAACGCUGUAUCUUGCCGCUCAUGCAAAGGUGAUUCUCGGUUACUCGUUUGAGGAGAGCCAGAAACUCAUUUGGGAGUUGAUUGAUCAUUGUACUCAGCCAAAGUAUGUUUUCAGUAUGGAGUGGUUAUUUGGUGGAGAUAUGGUAUGGUGGGAUAAUAGACAAUCUAUGCACCGUGCAAACCCGUAUACUGAAAGCAUGACGGCAAGAGAUGUGCGUCGAUCGACCAUUAUCGAUGACGGCCCAUUGGCUUAUGGGGUUACACUGGAAGAGAAGCCGGCAGUUGGAUGGAAGCCACAAACCAUGGCGGCGACAUAG